UUGUUGGAAGAGACAGUGCGAAACCAGCUUGGUUGUGAAUGCAGCAACAGAAGACACUAAGCCACUACAUAACCAGUAACCAACAAAGAACGAAACAAUAAUCGACUACGCAAACAUACAUUUUUUUUUCUUUUUUUUCUUCCUUCUUGCAUAUUCAGAGACACUAAGCCACUACUACGACAUAACGAAAUCAAUUAUUUGCCAAUAUUUCUUCCAUGGCUUUGUCAAAGCUACCGUUUCUUCUGAUCUUGUUUUGUUCAUUUGAUCUCUCAUCUUCUGCAUUUACAUCACUUGCCAGGGGCUAUUCUCUCUCUGCGGAGAAACCUGCACAAGACAUCAUUGUGUCGCAAAACGGCAUCUUCUCCGCCGGGUUUUUCGAAAUCGGCGACAACGCUUAUUGCUUCGCCGUGUGGUACACCGAAAAGCCUAAUUCCCAAAAUAUCCCUACCGUAGUUUGGACUGCGAAUCGUGACCAACCGGUGAACGGAAAGUACUCCAAGCUUUCCCUCUCGCACGCCGGUAAUCUUGAAUUAGUGGAUGCAGGUCGGAUCCAAACUUGGUCUUCAAGAACAGAAUCACAUGAACAUGUAGAAUUGUACCUCAAUGAUGAUGGAAAUCUGGUUUUACAUGAGUUGCAAGGAACUGUUCUAUGGCAAAGUUUUGACUCUCCAACUGACACACUCCUUCCUGGCCAGCUUCUUAUCAGACAAACACUACUAGUAUCUGGAAGAAGCGAAAGCAACCGAUCUUCCGGUUUCUAUAACUUGUUAUUUGACAGUGACAAUGUUCUUAGUCUUCUUUACAACGGCCCUGAUGUUUCAAGCUCUUAUUGGCCAGUUCCUUGGCUUGUAAGUUGGCAAGCUGGUAGGUUUACUUAUAAUAGCAGCAGAGUUGCAGUGCUGAAUCCUCUUGGAGAGUUCAGUUCGUCGGAUAAUUAUACCAUUAGAACAUCUGACUAUGGUUUGGCUCUACAAAGAAGACUAACAUUAGAUUCUGAUGGAAAUCUUCGUGUGUAUAGUCGAGAUCUGUCACAACGAAAAUGGUAUGUUUCUUGGCAAGCCAUUGCUGAUAGCUGCAACAUUCAUGGAAUUUGUGGACCUAAUUCUGUAUGUAGUUUUGAUCAAAAGAAUGGAAGGAAAUGUUCUUGUCUUCCAUGGUAUAGAGUGAAGAAUCAAAAUGAUUGGUCUUAUGGGUGUGAACCUGCGUUUACCCUUACUUGCAACAAAAGUGAGUCUACCUUCUUGGAGUUACAGAAUGUUGAGCUUUAUGGUUAUGACAAUAAUUUUGUCAAAAAUCAUACCUACAGUAACUGUGAGACUUUAUGCAUAGAAGACUGCAAUUGCAAAGGUUUCCAAUACUCAUUUGAUGAGGGAAGUGGCCAAUUCUUGUGCUAUACCAAAAUACAAUUGCGCAAUGGAGAACAUUCACCGCAGUUAACAGGAGUAACCUACUUGAGAGUUCCAAGAGCUAAGAGUUUUUCCAGCAGUAGAGAAUCUGUUAAGAAAGAUGAUCACAUUUGUGAUGUACAAAUUUAUAGAGAGUAUAUUAAAAAACAUGUAAAUCGCUUCUCAUACUUAUUCUUGUGGUUUGCUAUUGCGCUUGGAGCUUUUGAAAUGGUUUGCAUUCUUGUAGUUUGGUGUUUCUUGAUGAGGACCAACCCAAAAUCUGGUAUAGAUCAGCAUGGCUACCAGCUUGUGAAAUUGGGAUUUAGGAAAUUUAGUUACUCAGAGCUGAAAGAAGCAACAAAAGGGUUCAGCCAAGAGAUUGGAAGGGGCGCAGGAGGAAUUGUAUACAGAGGACUAUUGUCGGAUCAAAGGCUUGUCGCGAUAAAAAAACUCAACGAAGCUAAAGAAGGAGAAGAUGAAUUCCUUGCCGAAGUAAGCACCAUUGGGAGGCUCAAUCACAUGAACUUGAUUGAAAUGUGGGGAUAUUGUGCAGAGGGAAAACAUAGGCUUCUGGUGUAUGAGUACAUGGAAAAUGGUUCUUUGGCAGAUUGCCUCUCAUUGAAUAAUACACUAGACUGGAGCAAGAUGUAUAACAUUGCGCUCGGAACAGCGAGAGGUCUAGCAUAUUUACAUGAAGAAUGCUUGGAAUGGAUUCUGCAUUGUGAUAUAAAGCCGCAAAACAUACUUCUUGAUUCAAACUAUGAGCCAAAGGUAUCAGAUUUUGGCUUGUCUAAGCUGCUAAAUAGAGAUAACCUCAAGGAUUCUAAAUUCUCAAUGAUCAGAGGAACCAGAGGAUAUAUGGCACCUGAGUGGAUUUUUAACUUACCAAUCACAUCCAAAGUCGACGUGUAUAGCUAUGGAGUUGUUCUGUUGGAGAUGAUAACUGGAAGAACUGCAACAGCAGAUAUCCAAGCAGUUAAUGGAGUAGACACAUACAAUGGGAGGCUCAAAACAUCUGUGAGAGAGAAAAGGCGAGUGGCAUCAUGGGCGGAGAAAAUCGUUGAUCCACCCAUUGGGACAGAUUCUGAUGUGAAUAAGAUGAAGGUCUUAGUUGCAGUGGCUUUGAAAUGUGUAGAGGAAGACAAAGAUGCACGACCAACUAUGAGCCAAGUGGUUGAGAUGCUUCAGUGCCAUGACACAGAUCCUUAGUGUUGAAGCUAUACUCACCAAAACCUGCUAGUCUGGUUCUUUUGAGCUUGAUUUUUCACUUUCUUUUUUGCAUCAAGAGUAUUGUAUAUAAAAUUAGUAACUGAAAAUAAAUUUUCAAAUUGUUUUUUUUCCCCUGAACUCUAGUGUCAGUGUUCCUUCCAGUUCCAAAAUAUAUCCUCUUUGGAGUGGGAAAAGGCAUGCACAUUGUGAAUUUUGCAACUUAGAUUCUAGGUAUCUAGCUCUUCACCUUCGUCAAUCUAUAUAGAGU